CUAGGAUAUGUGGUAAUUGUUUGAAUAGCCUGCCUCUUGCAUAGAAAAAUGCCAUAUCAGUGCUUAAUAUGUCCUUUUCGGGCAAAUGCAGAAGUUUGUUUUUCAGAACAUCUCAUAUCAAAGCACAAGCAUGAUCCCGGCUUCAUUGUAAAAUGUGGUUAUUGUGAAUCGACAUAUGAUAAAUAUGAUUCUUUUCGCAAGCAUAUAUACCGUAAACAUCAAACCGAUUUGACACUGGAGAGAGAUGUUUUUGUACAUGAGCAGGGUGAUCAAGAUAGUUUACCAUAUUAUAUCAAUGAACUUGAUGAUGAUGAAAAUUCCAGCAAGUGUACUUCAGUGGGGCAAUGCGCAUCAUACAUUCUGCAGUUACAAACCAGUAAAAAUUUGUCACAAACUGCUAUAGAUGAUGUUGUUAACAACACCAGAGAACUUAUUUCAAACAUAAAUUCUGUGAACUGCCAGAAAGUGAUGGCACAUCUAGAAUCUUCAGGUGUUAAUACAGGUGAUAUUGACCUUGAAGGUAUUUUUAAGGCUGACCCUUUCAUUGGACUUGAAACAAAGGCUCAACAGGACAAAUACUUUGCCAGUAAGAUGGGUUACAUUGCGCCAGUGGAAGUUGAAAUAGGUACAAAAUUUGUCGUAAAGAAGAUGAAAAACAACAAACGUGCAGUGUUUUCAGAGAAUGUGAAUGGCUAUUACGUGCCAUUUUGGAAAUCUCUGGAAGGUCUUCUGAAACACAAUGAAGUUGCUAAAGAAGUUGUGAAAGGGCAUUCCUCGAAUGAUGGAUUCAUGUAUGACAUAUGUGAUGGGUCUUAUGUUGCAGACCAUCGUCUAUUUCAAGACAAUAUUCAAAUUGUGAUGUACACUGAUGAUAUUGAAAUUGUGAAUCCAAUAGGCUCCCAUGUAAAAAAACACAAGCUGUCAAUGUUUUAUUGGUCUCUUGCCAAUAUACGUCCGGCAUAUAGAUCAAAGUUGUCUGCAAUUAACUUGCUUGCUGUUGCCAAAACAGCUGAUUUGAAGAAUGAAGCAGCUGCCUUUCACAGUGACUCACCUGCAUUACGUAAGCUCCUUGAAGAGUUCAGGUUAUCACUUAAUAAGCUUGCAGCUGAUGGGAUACAAUUCUAUCAUAAUGGCAAGGAGUACAGGAAGAAAGGGGGGCUUGUGUGUGUACUGGGAGAUACGCCUGCACUACACAUCAUUGGUGGAUUUAAGGAUGGUGUGUCAUUUGCCUACAAAAAAUGUAGAACCUGUGAAUGUGCUGGUGAUGAGUUUACACAGCAUUUUACCGAGUCAAAGUUUACUCUCCGAAAGGAAGAAGAGCACAGAGAAAGAUGUGAGACCCUGAAAACACUCAGCAAGGAGGCACAGAUAUACUGGUCUAAGCAUUAUGGAAUCAAUAGUUCAAGUGUUCUUUUGAGGUUUCCAUCCUUCAAUGUUACUGAAUGCCUAAUGCAUGAUGUAAUGCAUACAUUCUUUGAAGGCUUAGUCCCACGUGAAGUAUCACUUCUUCUUCGUCAUUGUAUUUCUGAAGGAUAUUUCACACUUGAUCAGUUCAAUGCCACUGUAAAAUCAUUCAGCUUUGGUAUUCGCUGGUCAAAAAACAAACCAUGUAGCAUUACCCCCCAAAACCUUCUUCCUGGACACCAUUUAAAGCAGGAUUCAGCACAGACAUGGUGUUUGACUCUACAUUUACCUCUAAUCAUAGGUCACCUGGUUCCACUGAAUAAUCCUAAUUGGAUGAAUUUCAUUCGUUUAGUGCAGAUUAUAACACUCUGUACUUCCCAUCGAGUUGAUGCAUCAACAGCAGGAGCGUUAGAGCAGCUAAUUGCUACUCACCAGUUGAAGUACACACAGUUGUAUCCUGAUGAACCUGUUACACCCAAAAUGCACUAUUGCGUGCACUUACCUAAGCAAAUGCAGAAAUUUGGGCCUCUUCGUAAUCUGUGGGCAAUGCGAAUGGAGGCAAAGCAUUCCCAGGCCAAGAGUAGAAAAUGGAGAAAUUUCCGCAAUGUUCCCUACUCAGUCAGUGUACACUACCAGAAGUGGAUGUGUGGGAAAAUUUCCUCUGGUGAUGGUGGUGACCUGCCCUACUUUGUACAUGAAGCAGACAAAGUGAAGGACGGGAUAGAUGAAGUCAUAGAUGGGCAUCAUCAAUUACAUUCUGUCCUUAUGGCAGCUCAUCCCGAACUUGACGUAGAUGUUCCUGUGGUGGUAAUGUCCACACAAGAAGUUACCAUCAAUGCUAUCACAUACAGAGUUGGAGAUGUUCUCUACUAUCAAAGAGAGAAAGACAUCAAGCACUUUGGUAAAAUUGCUCAUAUCUUUGUUGAAAACAUGCAAAAGUACUUCCAGUUGAAAAAGCUGUCAAUUGUGACAUUCAAUUCACACCUGAACAGUUACGAGGUAAAAUUCACACAUGAUGAUGUGUACGUUUACCCAAUACCCGAAAAACUUUGGUAUCCAUGGCCUAUCAUUUUCUGCAAGAAUUCCACCAAGUUAUUUGUCUCACUAGAAAGUGAUAUUGAUCUAGAACAGUUGUAACUCAGGCUAUUGACUUUAGCAGAAUGCAGAAUUGGACGAUGCUUCCAUGCAUCCCAUCAAGAGCAACAGUUACACUGACAGUACCUCUACAAGUUCAAAACAAGCAUCC